GAGGCGAUCGAAUCGACUCCGAUUCCCUCGAUAAUGCCGUGUGUUGAGUGUGAAAUAAUCGACCGACUGAUAAUUAUUAUUCCGAAGGACUCGACUGGAGGAAAAACACGUGGAUAAUAAUCACGUGUUUAUUAUGCGCAUUUUUGUUGAGUUCACGUGGAACACUGAAUUCUCGGGACAGUCACGAAGUUGCCACAAUGAUACGGAGGCACUGUAACGUGCGCAAUCGUAGUACUGGAUAUGCAGUGUGAGUUGAGAGCAGAAUGGACAUUGAUGAAAUAACGUUCAAUCCGUUCUUUCUUGUGCUGAGGGACAAAUUCCGGAGGAAAUAUGAUCUUGCUGUGUCCAAGUGUUGGGCCAUCUGUGUCCCCUGCAGUGAUUUCCUCAAAGAUCUCACAAUAACCGACGAAUUUGUAGACGAUCACAUUCUGAAACCUGUGACCAAGUUGCCAUAUCACUACGUGUCCACCGAUAGCCAUGGCUCUCGCAUGUACAAGUUCGAGGACACGAGGAUUCGCCUGGUGCAGCGGAAUGGAGAGUCUGUACACCCGGAUUUGUACAGGGUGAAAAUUCUCAGUGUCGAGAGAGGGUACAACAGUGAUUUUCAGAUGUACAAUAUUCUUAUUGUGGAUAAAGUGAUGGAUCCCAAGUAUCUGAGUGCGCGCAAGCCUAUUGGGGUGAAGAUGAAGCUCAAUCGAAGUGUAACUUGUUACAAAGAAGCCUUCGACUUUCUCCACGAGAUAUCCUCCCAAGGCCGCCUCUCCCUGGUGGACCUCAAGUCCGAAGUGGAGAACCUCGACCUGAACGACUUCCACUCGGCCGAGGAUCUCCGCAACGUCCUCCAAGAGUGGAUUAGACGCCACUGGGCCCGCACAAUGCGCCUCUUCACCCUGGACAUCCAGCGUGACGCGCGCUUCCAGAAGCUCCUCAGCACCUCCCUGGAGAUCUUCAUAAUGCACUACCUGCACGAUCGUAUCUACCAACUGCUGACAAACGCUCUCGAUGAAGACGACCAGCGUAUAAAACGAAAGAUAGACCAACUGAUCGACGUGGGAGUGACCCCAGACCAGUUGGGGGUCAAAGAGGCUCUCUCGAUCUCUCUGCCAUCAGCGAUCGUGGAGAUGGCGACGUUGGACGCUCGCCAGGGGCCCCUGGAGAAGCUUUCGUGCCUGAAGACGACACUUGACCUCAUCGUGGCUGAAAUCAAGGGCGCCUUGGCUGACGUGGAGACUAGAAUCGAGUCUCACGAGGAGAAUGACCUGAUUGGAGCCAGGAGAAGCAUCAAGGUCAUCCCCACAGACGACCUGAUCCCCCUCCUGAUAUACGUAAUCGUUAAAUCACGUCCCAGGAGAUUGAUCACUGAUCUACAUUACAUUCAGAAUUUCUUGUGGUCUGUGUCGCCCUACGAUGGACUAUCCUAUGCCAUGGUCACCUUCAAAGCUGCCAUAUGUACGCUACAAGAUAUUAAUGUUUCGAGAUUACCCAGGAGAAGCAGUAAAGUUAGAAACGAAUUGCCUAUUAAUGAGGUUCUGGAUGUUGUAACUAAGACUGAGUCUGAUGUCACGCCAAUAGAUCGACAGGUGCGGGAAUUGGCUGUGAUGCUGGAGGAAUGCACGAAGAGUGAAAGUAAAGGGAGACUCGAUGGUAAUGUUGAAUAAGUAAUGGUUGUGCAGUGACUAAUAGUGACAUGUCAUUCAAUCCUGGUAAAAAAGGUUCUAGGUGAGAUAAUCCUGUUCACAUUCAGCCUGAAUGCAAUAUAAUCCUGAUUAUAAUGAUCCUGGUGGACAUGAAUCUUAGAAAAAAAAAGAUUUUAAGUUGAUAACUGACUUAAUUUGAUCAGUUUUCAAAAAUCCUGACUUAUUGGUAAGAAUAUUGAUGUAUUUUCAAAUUCUAUCAUGUUCAUGAUAUUUCGCGAUUGUAUUAAAUCAUUGACGGGGUUUAAAUAGAAUAGAAAGACUUGAAAAGUUCGACCUUUGGGGCAUGAAAAAUAUAUGGAACUUUAGUAAAAAUUUUAACACAUCAUUUUUUUUUUACAUUUUCACCGGGAUUAAUAUGUUCAGAAUAUAUUUUCCGGAAUGGAGUGACAUGUAAUUAUAACUAAAUGAUCAAAUUAAUUGAUUAAGAAACUAUUGCUCAUAUCUGCAGUACAAAUAUCGAAUAUAGUAUAAUUUUUUAGAAUUUUUUGAUGAUUCUGUGGUAAUGUAACAGAAUUGGUGAAAGAAGAACGAAGCAAAGGUCUUGUGCCAGAAAUAUUCAUUCUUAUUAUGUACAUUUAUCUUCGAUUGACGAAGAUAUUGGUCAUGUUGUAUCCAAAGGGUUUACAAUGGUAUGUGGAGAGUGGUUAAUUAAUUGUAAAAUAUACAGUCUUUUGGGUAAUUCA